AUGGAUGCCGAAUCACCCGCCGAGAGGGAGAACAGGACUCGCUCCCUGUGGAAGAAGCUGGACACACAGAACGAGGGCUUCCUCGACUUCAAGGCCUUCAGGAAGGGCCUGAAGAAGCUGGACCACCGUGAGCAUCCAUCACGAUCUAGCCAUGUCGACAAAGCGCUGACACGCGUCAAUUGCANNGCUCUGAAGAAUGCAGAUGGCUUGAUAGAAGAUGUCCUGCAGACCGCCGACAUCAACAACAGCGGUCGCAUCGAAUACGAUGGUUAG